AUGGAUAUCCUUAUGAUUGAACAAUGCGUGUUCUCCAUUCGUUACCAAGAUUUUGCAAGUUCAAAGCAAAGAUGUCCUGAUGGCUGGCAAAACGACUCGCCACUUACGAAUAUCGGUCUCUAUCAAGCAAAAUUGACUGGAGAAGCGUUACUUGAAUCCAAUGUAUGCAUCGAUCAUGUUUAUUGUUCUCCAGCCUAUCGUUGCGUACAGACCUGCAUGAGCACACUAGAAGGUUUGCAUUUGCGACAAAAGUGCAAAGUUAAAGUGGAACCCGGAUUAUUUGAAUGGAUGGCAUGGUAUCCUGAAGGUGUUCCGGAUUGGCUGGGUAUAUCCGAGUUAGUGAAGGCCGAUUACAACGUGGAUAUUAAUUAUCAACCAUUUAUGACUGCAAAUAAGUUGAACGAUUGCAUCAAAGAAACAACCGAAGAGUUUUAUACGCGUAACUACGAGAUUAUGCGUAAAAUUAUUGAAACAACAAAGGGUAACGUAUUGGUUGUGGCCCAUGCAACAACUCUCGAUACUUGCACACGUCAGUUAAUUGGUGCAUCACCACGUAGUACGAAUGAAUUGCGCCAAGUUAUUCACAAAAUACCAUAUUGCAGCCUAGGGACUGUAGAGGAAGUGGAUGCUGGCGUCUGGAAAUUUGUAGAACCUGAAUGUUUACCCGUGACUCAUUCAAAAAAUCCUCGCUUCGAAUGGAAUGCACUUACUGCCACAUAGUGUUCGUGCUUUGAUGAGAUGCUGCUGGUUGCUGAAAAUCGCGUGGAGAAGGAGAGAAUUGAAACUAAUUAAGAAUUCCUUCAAGGAUAAUACAAAUUCUUGUACUGACUCCUAUUUUCGACUACACAUAGCCUUGCCAUCGUUUAAAUGCUAUUAUGAAAUUCAGAAGUAAAUUUACUUUAAUGAUUUAUAAUCGAAAACGCGAUAAUAAAGCUCUGUUUGCGCUCAUCAAAAAUAAACCUAUAUUUAUUUAUUAGCCUUUCAAAGAGAAGAAAUGUCACUUAAUAUACAUGAUGCUUACAAUUUCUAAUAAAUACUAUUUAUUCUGAACACAACAGACUUAAUCUAAAUCGAAAUAAAUUUAAAGAAUGAUUAGCAAUUUACGCAUUGUAAUAUUUUAUAUAAAAUUGCAAAUGUUUAGGAAAUGGUUGAUUUACGAUACAAUAGAAACUGACAUACUGCAAAUGUUUACGCGUAUUUAAAUACAAGUAGUGCAAGAAAUAAAUGUAUAUAAAGUUUGUUCGUUUAAAUAUUAAAUUAAGAAUUUUAAUAACCCAGCACAAAUGAAGGCCAAUAAAUAUAAAUAAUACCGCUAAUAGCUUGAGUCAUUGAAUAUUUUUACAAGGUUUUAACCCGUAUGCGGGUUUAAAAAUGAUAAAUUAACUUUUAACAAAUUGAGAGAUGAGUUUAUCUGAAGAAUCUGAAAUUUAGCAACCAUCAAUUUAACCUACCAUACUUUUAAUGGGCUUUUUUUUUAAUACGUUAACGCCAUAUAAUAUAAUGUUUGAUAUUGAGUGAAAUUUGACUAGCUCUUUUGCGUCAUACUACUUUAAACCAGUUAAUUGCUUCUAAAAUGACUUGUGCCAUUCGAUGUGUUUUUUACUACUGAUCUUAAAUAAAAUUUUGAGUUAAACUUAGCACCACGACCGCCUGAGUUCUACUCAAAA